AUGCUCGAUGGGGCAAGAGCUGAUACUCAAAAUAUGGAUGAUAAUGAAACUGGGCUAGCGGUCACGUCUACAGUUACUUCUUAUUCACCGCAGCCUGACAACACGAGUAGACCAGAAUUUGCAGUAUGUAUAGAGGAGCCACCGAAAAUAAUCGAAAGCAGCACGCGCAGUAACGUCGAAGAAAGACUGGAAGAGGAUGAUGAUGAUGAGCCUCCAAAAUCUAGUAUACAUGCACCCCCUGGCUUCAAUGACUUUAAGAUUUUUAACAAUCCAUUAUCGCCGCCACCGCUGACUACUGCAAUUGAGUCUACGAAAGACUGGUCUGAGCGAGCGACUCCUCGAGCGCAGACAAUGCGAGACUUUGACGAUGAAAUCGACCAAAAAUCGCAUUCAGGCAAUCUUGAGGAUAUACUAGAAGGGACUGGUCCCAAGAAGGCUGGCCGGCAAGUGGGUGAGACAGGCACAUUCAACUUGACGAUCGAGCACUUCUCCGACGGAGAAGCCGAACUGAAGACAUUGAAGAUUGCCUUGGCUGAAUGUUGGUCCCUUUGCAAUACUUUGGCCAGUUUGAGCUAUAUUCACCGACAGCGGUCCAAUUCCGGGGCUGACAUGCAAGAAGAGACCUGGAAAUCAUGUUGGCGGUUAUGCCAGGAACUCUACACCUGCCAGAACAAAAACUACACAUAUCAAAUCAGCCCUACACUUGAUCUCUGCCGAAACUUUUGUCAAACACUGUUUGACAGUCGAGUUCAUGAGAAUGAACUAACGGAUUCGGUCCUUCGCGUCAGCUUUGAACUCAACAACCACCUGUAUAACACGCACGAUCGAGACUUGCCCGACGCCUUUAGGGAGAGGACAUUAGAUUUCUAUAUUACACUGUGUCAUCGUCUCAUGAAACAAAGAGCUCUGGUGACGGAAAUGGACUCUUUGUUAACCGCAUGCUGGUCACUGGCGGAGAUGUUGUUCAGCAUACGCCAGAGUAAGAAAGGGGGAUCUCGUUUGAGCGAAGAGUUACUCGGUUCUGCUGUUCAGGCUUGCUGGGAACUUUGCGAUAUAUUUCGGGAGGGGUGGACGCAACGGAGCAUUCGCGAUUCUGAUCGUGGGACGCCGCGGCCGAGCCAAGCGAUAUUUAAUCAGAUUGAGCAGCAGACCAGCCAACCCUGGCACAACCUCAGAGGCGAGUUCCCUGAACCACAUCGGCAUCCCGAAACGCCAACAACUAUCUUUGAGGACGCAACCUCCAUUUCUCCCGACGAAGAGCCAAUUCCAAACAUCUUCGUUUUAGGCCAGGGAUCGCCAGCCCACAACUCCUGUGUGAAAUGA